ACGGCAGAGAAAGGAAGACAACACGAUGACCGUCGAACUGGUCGACCUUCAUAUGGUGUAUAAUGGCUGAUGCAGUGAAGUGGUGAAAAUGCAAAAGACAGUGUGAUGGCAACGGAGUUGACAAGGACAAGCCAAGAGAACCAUGGAGGUCAACCCGCUAUGAACUCUGUGUCUACAUGGGCCGUUCAGCACAUCAGUGUAGAGGCCGGUAAGAUGAGCCCUGCCCCGCAGGCCACCAGCUCUACCCCUGUCAACAGCUCCAGUCACACAAUCCCUGGGCAGGAUAGCUUGACUGAGAGACCCAUGCCCAAGAGUAAGUGGCACCAGAAGAGAUCCAACAGUAUCCAUGUUUCCUCCCCCGAGUCUGGCUCUAGUGACUCAGGGGAUCAGAUCAGCAUGGACUUCUCCAGUCUCAAUGACUACUCGCCCUCUGCACAUCCUGUGACAUCCACACAACAGCGACGACGGCCAGGACAGGUCGUACACAACUUCCCGAGUGCUCCUUACAAACGACUAAAGCACCUGGAGGACAGGAACGUGUGUCUGGUGUUCCUUACUGGAAUCAUCUUCUGUGUUGCCAGCAUCAUCGUUGGCUGCCCAGUCAUUGUAAUUCUCUGUAUCACCCUGCCCUUUAUUUACUUUAUUCGUAAACUCUUUAUCUUCUGUUGUUGCUGCCUUAAGCCAGGGUCAUGUGCUUGUUGCUGUGCUGACCUGAUGUCUGAUACUGAGCUCUUGUGGUAUCAAGCCUCCCCGAACGCCAUGGUGGUGCAGUGUCUACUCACACUUCAACAUGGACUAAGUACUAUCAGGAUACAAGACCUUCUUAAUGCAAGGCUCAUUUCAGCGGAGAAUAAGAAUGGAUCGAAGCAGUAUCCCCGCUUUUCCCAGAAGGUUGUGUCGAUGCCGUCUGGCUAUGCCUGGAUUGCUGACCCAGAUUUCCACAUGGAGAACCAUGUAUUUGAUGUGCCACACAGCGUCCAGUCAUCAGAGGACUUGCAGGAGUUUGUGGCUGACAUGGCUUCCAAACCUAUUUCCUUGGACCAUCCUUUAUGGGAAAUCCAUGUCCUUAUGAACUUCGGAGAGACACGAGAUACCGUGCUUUUGUUCAGAAUACAUCCCUGUGUAACCGAUGGUAUUUCCUUAAUCCGCAUUCUCAUCAAAAGCAUAGUAGACCAUCAUUCAUUAUGCAAUCUGAAACCACGAUGUGCUAGUAACUCUAUAUGUUGGGAUGCUUUACGAAGUGUCUUGUGUGGACCGCUUGUCUUUAUUCACAAGUGGUUGUUUUUGAGACGUGACUUUAAUCUUCUACAUGGAGAUCAUAUACAUUUGUCAGGCAAGAUGGCCGUGGCUUGGUCUGAAGCAUUCAGCUUGCCAUGUGCCCAGAGGGUUAAGCAGGUAGCUAGGUCAUCUCUGAAUGAUGUACUUAUGUCUGUGGCAGCAGGCUGCCUAAGGACAUACCUCCAGUAUAAUGGAGUGCACAACCCCUAUGAUAUUCAAGUUGUUGUGCCUGUGGAUUUGAGAACUGACAGACUUAUAAUCCCAAUGGGAAAUAAGUACUCUUAUCUGAACAUUGCUGUGCCUACGAAUACAGAAGGAAUUGUGCCGAGGUUGUGGGAGUUCAAACUGAGGAUGGACGAGGCCAAACACUCUGCAGACUCCACCAUCAUGGCCUCCAUUUCCUGGCUCUCAGCCUUCCUUCUGUCUGGAAAGUGCUUCAAACGAUUUUGGAGAACAUUUUUCAAUAAGUUUACCUGCUUCAUAUCAAAUUUGCCUGGACCAGAAGGUCGAUUAACAUUUGCUUCACGAGAAAUCAAGAGCCUUGUGUUCUGGGUACCCCCUAGGGAUGAAAUGGCUGUGUCUAUUUCCUUCAUUACCUAUGCGGAUGAGCUGCGAAUGUCUGUGAUAGCUGACCGGUCUGUGAUACCUCACCCAGAACUUCUCACACGAGAAUUCAUUGCCCAGAUGGACACAUUGUCGAAGCUGUUGGCGAACAGACGUCUGCCUGGAGAGCAUAUCAGUAAGAGGCUGGAGGCCAUGCAUGUCGCCCAGGCCAGGCUGGAAGAUCCCACCUUAGAAGAGAUCCAUAUGCGUAUGUCUGAGAUCCAGCAACACCUGCAGGAUCUGAAAACACGCUUGGAUGUCAGCAUGGAUAGGAAGUAUCCGGCAGAUGAUGGCGUCAUCAUACAGAGGAUUGAAGAGCUUAAAGGCGAGUUUCGAGAGUUGAUGUCAGAACUACGACAUAGACGAAUGUCUGAGGGCAGCUCUAUGCUCUCAGAUGAGGAGGAGGAGGAGGAAGACGAAGUGAUGAGGCGGCCCUUCCGGCGGAGGACGAUGUCUGUGACAUCUAAACAGUCGACAACCUCAGUGGGGUCCAUGUGCCGUCCGCUGACCACAUCUCCUGUCCCUCACCAACCAUUCAUCCCCACCAACCCACUCUCCACAGGGCCCUCUUUGGCCAGUGUGCAUGAGGAAGGGCAUGAUGGCCAAAGGCUGCAGAUCCACACAUACUGCUCUCAGCACACAGUGGAGAUAGUGAGCCCAGAGGUGAGGACAGGAGCUAAUGGUAACCCACUGGCUGAUAUCAGGUAACACAUCAGGAGCUAUCGAUAACCCACUGGUUGAUAUCAGGUGACACACUAGGAGCUAAUGGUGACCUACUAGUUCACAUCAUGUAACACAUGAGGAACUAAUGGUAACCCACUGGUUGAUAUCAUGUAAUACCCAGACAUCAUAACUGUC